AUGGCAGAGGAUGGAUGGCAGAUCGACUCCAAGAUCAUGAGCCUGGAGAAUGUACUUCUGCUUGAACAGAUACUUCGAAACCUCAUUACCACCGCUGCUGCCGCCAAUUCUCCCGAGCCUACACCGCAGCCACCACCACUACCACCUGUCUCAGAGCCUGUAAUAGCUAAGCAUCCAGACCAGCCCCUCGAUCUCUCCAUGAAGACGGAUCUGUCACCAAUAGGGGAUUUGGACUAUAAAAAUGGCGGUGAGAGGCUCAAAGAAAUCCACGAAAUGAACCUUGAUGAUCCAUUCUUCCACCAGCAUUUGGACCAGUACGAGCAAGGAUCCCCAGACGGAGGACUUUCCCAUUCUACCGAGAUGGUCCAAGAACAAAGGAGCAUAAGGAACUCCCCUGUGCUCUGGCAGUUUCUCAUUAAAUGUCUCAACAGUGAACAAUGCAACCCUGCAGUGAUUAAGUGGGUCUGCAAGGAGCAGGGCGUCUUUCGACUCACCAACGUUCGACUGCUAGCUCAACUGUGGGGCGAGAAGAAGCACAAACCCAACAUGAGUGAGGAGAAUCUCAAGAGAUCACUAAGAUAUUACUACGGCAAGAAGAUCUUGACCAAGGUUCAAGGUCAUCGAGAUGUCUACAAGUUCUACGUCAAUCUUCCGUAA